AUGUCUGUCCGGGACAGAUGUGUUCAUUGCGAUCCUAGUUCUUCGAACUUUUCAGAGCUGAACUGGAUAUUGAGGUGCCGUUGUCAUGAAAAUCCUAAAGAAUCUCUGGAAUGGCGUUGGUGCAAACCAGAGUCCCCCAACCAAUCCUUUCGAUUAUCAGAAAAUGAUAUAACGGUUACGUUCCAUCCCGUUAUCAGUUGGGGUACUGCUGUUGUUCGUGGAACAGAUGCUUUGAAGUGUGGUCUUCACUACUGGGAGCUGAAGGCUGUAUCGCCACUCUAUGGGACAGAUGUGAUGAUUGGUAUUGGCCGAACUUGUGUGAAAUUAGAUCAAUAUCCGCGUGAAUUCCGUUCGCAACUUGGCAUUGAUCCAAAUACGUGGGGAUUAAGUUAUCGUGGCGCUCUUAUGCAUGCCGGACAAACGUUUUUCUUGGGUGCUUGUGCUUUUAAAAAGGGAAGUAUUAUUGGCUGUCUUCUUGAUUUAUGGCAUAAUAAGCUUUAUUUUUACGUUGACGGACAACUGGAUCAUAAGGCUUGUUUUGAUAACCUACCAAGGGACAGUUAUUAUCCAUUGGUCUGUUCAACCACUUUAAGAAGUGGUUUUCGUCUGAUCCGUGCAAAAUCUUACCCUAUCAAUCUUCAAUAUCUGACAUGUCAUGCCUUUUAUCAAUGGCCCUCCAACUACUCCAGUUUGACUACUGUGAACUUUCCUUCUGGUCUUCGGGCAGUUUUAAGCACUACUUUGCCGUAUUCGUUGUUCUUCAAUAGAAUUAAGCAACUAUCUGUUGAAUAUGAUAAUUGUCAACAACUAUCGUGUAAUUCAUCUCCACUACGUGCUGAUUCACCUGAUUACUUCUUAUGGACAAGUUUUUCUCGAUCCACUUCCGAUAAUUCUAAUAGUAGUAGUAUCGAAAAAGAGGAUAUAUUAUAUAACGAACCGUAUUCACCAAAUGUAUUAGAUUUAUCUACUUCUGAUAUCUUGGAUCAAACUACAAAAGAAUCGGUGGACGAAAGGGAUAAAUCUGAUGGAAAUCUGACGACUGAGGAAAAGAAAGAAUAUAGCAAUGAAUUGUGA